AUGCAAGGUCAGCAGCAUUUGGAACCUCAACCAAGCGUCACGCCUUUGAAUGGGAACGAAAUUAACAGCAAUGAGUGCGUUGAUCAGUCAGUGGAAGGCGAUCCAGUAACAGGCAUUGAUCAACAGCAUAACGUGAAGGAAGAAGAGUUUAAUCAGUAUAAUAUCAAUGACAAGGAGAACAUUCAUCCAAACAACCAAGACGAAGAUAUCAGUGCAGAGGAGGAGAUCAAUGAGAAUGAUUCUGGGGGUCAGCAGUCUGCGGUGGAAAUGGAGGUUUUGGAGGAGGAGAUUGAGAAGCACAUCACGAAAGAAGCUCGACAGGACGCAAUGGCACAAACGGCUGAACUUCCAAAAGAAAAAUCAGCCAAGGCAAACAAAUCUUUACUAUUAGUUCAAGAAUUCCACACAGGAUUGACGAGUGGCGAUGAUUCAGGGGAAAGCGAGAUAGAAGAGGAUCAAACACGAGAGAUGAGUGAGAAAGUAGAUGUUGGCAACCUCGACGGCAAAGAGACAGAAGACAAACGCCGGCAAUCAGUUUAUUCGCCUCCGAGACCAGUGAAACCUACAUUUGUUGCCUUGAAGGCUUUGAGGCCUGAUAAUACCGCUGAAGGGGCCAUUGCACGCAACAGAAAUCUUUCAGAAUGUGGAUUGUUGUUUACAAGAGACGAAUACAGAUACUACAUGGACAGUAGCAUUGUGAACAUACCAGCAAACAAAGAGGAUGCAGAGUACUAUGAAGAGGUCCAAGGGAUCCUAGCUAUGAUUGCAGACAGGGAAAGGAAAUGGGAAGCUAUGCCAAUGGAUCAAAGAAAACGAAAAACAAGGAAUUCAUCAUUGGAGCCAGAAGCAAAGAGAGCGAAAUCAGACUCGCCGCAUGUUGAAGUAUUGACAUAUACUCUACAGCCAUACUCUGAUUCGGUAAUACCAGAGCCUGCGUCAGUUAUCUUCGAUUCGAAGGAAACCUCGCCUGCUGCAAAAUACGAUUCAUCACCAUCGCAGUCCUCAAUGACAGCAGAAGACACUCCCCCUCCACCAAUUGCACCAAUAGCAACUGCCAACUCAAAACCCAAAACCAAGCCGAACCCUCAAUUGGCAGUGUUAGACUCCGUGUUGAGUAAUAUAUUGCGAGACUCACAGCAAGCUCAGCAAAAAGCAAAGGCAAACGAAGUUUCCGACUUGGAGGCAGCAGCCUUGGCAGCAGGGCUUGACUUGAAUCCUAAUGGUGAUGCAGCAGAUGACAAAUGUGGCCCUCGAUCAAAGCUAUCAAAACAGGAGCAUGCGGAAUUCUUGAAAUACAACGAGAUGUUGAAAAAGGGAAAGGAAAUGCCUAUCCAGGAUAGAAUCAAGUUCGAUAGACUAUGCUCGUUAGUAAAAGCAGAAAAAGAGCAGUUUCUCAAAUAUCAGUGUAAAUCAGUCAUGGAAUCUGGGUCCUACAAUACUUUGGAUCUAAAAGUAGAGAAAUUGGUCAAAGAGGUCUAUGAGCUGGAAAAGAAGAGAGUGCACGCAUACCCACAAUUUUACAAAUACUUUAAUAUGGUGGAAAUGGCACCUAAUGCAACAUCUGAUGCGCCUAUUUUGGCUUUUAAGAAAUGCCUGUUCAUGCAAGGCCAAAUAGCGCCGUGCAAUCCUAAAAUGUACGACUCCCCCAGAAACAUGAAUCUAUUUAGAAAAUACCUUGUAAACAAUACAGCUUCGCCCGACGAAGAAGAAGAGCAUAUUCAAUACUACAAGAAGAAAUUGUUACCAGCCAUUGUGGUAGACCCUGUUAUUCCCAGCCUGAUCAAAGAUACCAGCCCUGAUGUUAUUGUGUCCGCUGAAUGUCUAACCGCAUUAGUGGAGGUGAUUCACAGCAUUUCAUCUGAUGUCAGCAUACCUAUCUCAGUCAUGCAAUCAGGAACUGACAAGAAGGUUUUGGUGAUGGAUCGACCUUUUCCAAGAGAUUCAUUGACUGCUCGAGCAAAGAAUAAGAUUGUCUAUGACCUGGCAUUCAAGAGCCUAUGCUUGGACUGGAAAAAGAGGCACCCCAUUUCAGCAAAUGUAUCAAGACCUCCAUCACCGAAUAGCUACGCAACAGCAGCAUCGACAGGUAAAAUGGAUAAUGACGAGGGUAACUCAAGAUUGGACGAAAACCUGCAAUAUAAUUUAUGGGGCUUUGGUGAUAUGGACAUUGUGAUUCGACAUCAAGCUGAUGGCGAGCUGGUUGGAGGUGCAAAAGAAAGGAGAGUGUGCUUGACAACAAAGUUGGAUUACCAGAUACAACCCAAUGGAUUUGAAGAAAUACUGACACCAUCUGAACGAGCUUCGCAGUGGAUUCAAUCUUAUAUCGGUGGUCAUGCCUUUGUGCUUGAGGGAAGAAUUGAUGUGCUGAAGAAUAGGCUUGUGCGAGUGGAUCAAAAGCAAAUGAAAGAUAUCAUGAGUGAUAAUUGGAAACCCACUUAUGAAAGCGAAAUGCUUCGACACACAUUUUUAAGACUUCAAAAAAUGCUUGUUCCUGGAAAUUAUAUACUUCAGCAUAAACCAGGCGAUCGAAACUAUAUCAUCUAUCAAGGCACUGACAAAAUGGAGAGUACAUCUACAGGCAUUGAUUUGUACUCCAAAUAUGAGUCUUCCACACUGCCAGCUACAAGUAACCCUGAGCUGGCAUUUGUGCCAGCUUGGAACAUGGAAGAAUCCUCGUCAGAGCAAAUUCCAUGGACAUUUCCAGUAGCACUAUAA